AUGAAUCUCCUCCUUCCAAUUCUUCUUCUCCUCCCCGCCCUCACCCAGUCCUUCAGUCUAGAUAUCCAAACGAAGGGCUGGAACUACACGACCUCCAACCUCGCUGCCACUACCUCCGCAAAAUGCAAAUCUGCCUACGCCGCCGACAUCAAUUGUGAUGGAUUCCUUGUCAGCCUUGUCAACGCCCACGAGAGGUGCGUUUACCUGAGAACCAUGGAGCCUGGAGACUUCACCGACAUGUGCACCUCGACCUGCGAGUCCUUGCUGUCUGAGUAUAUCGAGAACGUGAGAGACGCGUGCAGCGAGUCCGGUGACGUAGCGGUUAAAGCCAAGGGAUAUUUGUGGUUCAACGGGACUGAGCAUGUUCCCGUUGAGACGGUGGGGUUGAUAUUUCAGUAUAUGUUGGUGAGGGCGUGUGCGAGAGAUGAACACGGAGAGAACUGCUACAACAAACAAAACACCUACUUUUACCCCGACUUUGCCUGUGGCUGGGACUGCGCGCUGGCGUACUACUGGACAGCACACUUCUAUCCCUACAGCGACUGGAACUUCGGGAAUCCUGAGUUGAAAGGUUUUUCUAAGGAGAACGACGUUGUCUUAUACAGUAACUACAUGAUGCAGGGUGAAACCUCGGCCGCUGGAAUUCAAAAAGGGUGGGAAAAAGUGAGGAAAUGUGGGCGGGAAUGUACCAAGAAGUCACCGCCUUUUGAUAGGGGGAUUUCGGAGGGGCAUGGAGGUGAGAAGAGCGAGAAGAGUAGUGGUAACUCUGCUGCGUCUUUUUCCUCUGCGUUGGGUACGGCAACCGGGGUGGCUUCUUCGAGUGCUGCUGCUGCUACGCCAGCCGAGACUGGCUCUGCAGAGAGGAACGGGCUUGUGAUGGGCUAUUUACUUGCGGUGACUGUGCCUUUGUCGGGGUAUAUACGAGCCUUCACCUGCUCCGGUCUCUCGGGCUACGCGUCUCGAGGCACCUGCAUUCUCUUUUGGACGACAUAUAUAACCAUUACGCUUCUGUUAAACAUUAUCGACCCACUGUCUGUGCUCGAGUUCAAGCGCAAGAACGAGGACGAACGUGUAGUGAUCCUGCGUCGUCCGUUGGUUGGCUUCAAAGCAUACGAGGUGUUCAUCGACUUGGAGGCCAUUGCCAAACGGGAAUAUACGAUCGAAGGCGGGGGUGAUGACAAUCGUCUCUAUGAUGGGUAUCGGUAUGGACUUGCGUUUAUUCGGAUUUGA